CAUUAGGUUGCAUCACGCACGCAUGCGCAGUGUAAUAUUUUCGCUGCUCGCGCCAAACUCAAAGCCUGACUGAAAGAAUUCUCCAAGAUGUCUAAAAAGAAAGGACUUAGCUUGGAAGAAAAAAGAAGUCGUAUGAUGGAAAUAUUCUUUGAAACGAAAGAUGUGUUUCAGCUGAAGGACAUUGAAAAAAUCGCCCCAAAAUCAAAAGGAAUCACUCCCAUGUCAGUAAAAGAUGUGCUGCAGAGUCUAGUGGAUGAUAACUUGGUGGACACAGAAAGAGUCGGCACCUCCAACUAUUACUGGGCGUUUCCCAGUAAAGCCCUGCACGCCCGUAAACGUAAAUUAGAGGAGCUGGAGAGACAGUGUGAGGAGGGGAAGCAGCGAAAAAUAGCCCUUCAGCAAGCAGUUGGCAAAGGCAAAGUGGGACGUGAAAUUAGCGAUGAAAGAGAGGCUCUACUGAAGGAGCUUGUGGCGUUGAAAGAUCAGAGGGAUCAGCUGAAGGCUGACUUGGAGAAGUACAAAGAAUGUGAUCCGGAGGUGGUGAAGGAGAUUCGUAAUUCCAACAUUGCAGCAAAGGAGGCCGUUUCCAGGUGGACCGAUAAUGUUUUUGCAAUCAAAUCCUGGGCAAAGAGGAAGUUUGGCUUUGAGGACAGCAGUUUAAACAAAGCUUUCGGAAUACCAGAGGACUUUGACUACAUUAACUGAUGAAAAAAGCUAACUGUUUAUACAUAUACAUUUUCCAUUGUUGGGUUGUUAUCAGUGUUGUCUUUGUUCUCUCCUUAUUUUCACAAUGUUCAUAUUUUGUAUAUCUUGUAAAUAAAUAAAACUGUUUUCGUUU